AUGUCAAACGAUAAUAAUCCGACGAAAUCUGGUCCAGAAAAGGAGUCUUUAGAUUCUAGUAGAAAAGGCUCGAAUAGAAAAACGGGGUCUAAGAAGAGAGGUGAUUCGAAGACCAGGGGUAGAUCCAAUAAUGCUGUUCAACGAGGUCGAUUGAAUAGACCAAAUGCAUACCAAAGACAAAAGAAUGAUGUUGGAAUGCCACCUGAUCUAGAUUUAUCUAUUCAAGAAGAGAUUACUGGUGGUAAUUUCAAACUACGAGGCAGAAAGACUCAAGUAUCUAUUAAUCAUCUGCUUGAAUUUCAACUUCCGGAGAUUGAAAGACAACGGGAACAUAUAAGUAAUAAGAAAGCGUCAAGUAGGCAUAGUAACUCAGAUCAACAUGCUCAUUUACAUGGUGAUUCUUUUAUUAAUGCUAAUUAUAAGUUGUUUGUUAAUGAUCGAGCCGACUAUAGAGAACAGAGUAAUGAUCCGAAUAAAUUAGUUCCUGAAGAAAAAAUUAUUAGAGUUGUGGUUCCAAAGGGUCAGAAUUGUCCCAUUUGUUUGAGUGAGGAGCCUAUAGCUCCAAGAAUGAUAACUUGUGGUCAUAUAUUCUGUAUGAGUUGCUUAAUUAAUUUCUUUUCCAUCGAGGAAACAAUCAAGAAUCCCGAAACUGGAUAUGUAAAGAAGAAAAAAUAUAAGGAAUGUCCCUUAUGUGGCAGCAUUGUACGUCGUGAAAGAGUGAAAGCUGUUUUGUUUGAAGAUGCAUCUAUAUACAAAAGUCAUGACAAAAAGCCUACACCUGGGUCACUUACCACUUUACAAUUAAUGUGCAAGCCUCAUGGAUCAGUAUUAGCGUUACCUGUUCAAUUAAAAUUAGACCCUUUGCAAGUGGGUGACUUUCCACCAUUAACUUGCAAAGAACUAGAACCCUAUGCUCGUAUCAUGAAAUGCGAUAAAGAACAAUCAGUUAGGUUUUUCCAAGAAGAUGCUGAAGCGAUAGAAACACAGAAUGAAAUUGAUAAGGCACUUUAUGGAGGUAAUAAUAAAUACGUAAAGGAAGCAUUAGCUGAAAUUGAUACUCAAAUAGCAACUAUUCUCUCUGAGGAAGAUUAUGAGGAUACAACGUCAAUGAUCAAAUCGAUGGAACGAUUAAAUAUCGAUCUUCCUUCCAAAUAUGAUGACUCUACUGCAUAUUUCUUUUAUCAAACAUUUUUCCAGUCGUCAACGAAAUUCUUUUUAUCUCCUAUGGAUGUCAAGAUUCUACUUACUACAUUCCAUAAUUAUUCUGCAUUCCCUGAGACACUACAUGCGAUGGUAGAGAACGUGUAUUAUGGCACCAUAGUAACAGAAUCAUUUAUCAAUCGUUAUAAAUAUAUUGGACACCUACCAAUAGGAACAGAAGUUGCCUUGAUUGACAUUGAUUGGCGGUCUGUACCUUCUAUCCCAAAAGAAGUUUAUGAUCAAUUUGCAGUUGAAUUGAGGCAACGUCGUCGUAAAUUCAACAUGAAGAAGCAAAAGGAGGAUAAACAAAAGAAAAUAUAUGAAAAAAUGCUUGAAAAAGAACAGGCAGAAUUUUAUAGGCGAGAAAACAGUAAUUUCCCUUACCAGGAUGAUUUUGAAAUUGUGAAUAGUUAUAAUUCAAUACGAAGCUCACCUGUCGUUUUGGAUUCCCUGGGGCCUUCAGAGACAAAUUUAAACGAAGAUGAAACUAGUAACGUUUCCAAAAAAAAGUCAUACAAGGAGAAAACUAUUUGGGGUACGUCAAUAUCAGUGACUCCUAAUGACAAAAUUAUCAAGGAAAAUCAAGAAUUUGAAGAAAUGCUACUAAAGAGAAUGCAGCAAGAAGAUGCAAGCUCCGACACUUCCAGAGAUGAAAAAACUCAAGGCGGUAGUCGGAACGGGAAGAAGGGCAAGAAGAAGGGUAAGAUCAUGCUUUUCAGUAACAAUAAUCACCAAUUUAAAUAA